AUGCGUCUCGCCGGGGUCCUCUUCUCUUUGGCGCUUCUUCACCUUGCCUCCGGUGUUCCCCAUGGGAGCCGUACAACGUGCAGUAAUCCCCCUGUGCGCAAAGAAUGGAGACAACUGAGUGCCGAAGAGAAGGCAGAGUACAUUGCGGCCGUCCAAUGCUUGACUACUCUGGAUCCCAAGUCUGGUCUCGAUGGUACCGCCAAUCGUUUUGAUGAUUUCCAAGCUGUUCACUCAAAUCAAACCCCAAGUAUUCACUGGGUGGGCCACUUUGCCCUCUGGCAUCGAUACUUUGUCGCUUCUUACGAGAAGUCACUGCGUGAGGAAUGUGGAUAUACCGGUGCCCAGCCGUACUGGAAUUGGUCGCUUGAUGCCUCGACUAACCUCUCCUCAACCGCUAUCUUCGAGACGGAGAUCUUUGAUCCAGAUACCGGAUUCGGCGGAAAUGGAGCGUGGGUUGAGAUCACCGAUCCAGCAGACAACCCCUUCAACCUCACUGGCCGUACCGGCGGUGGCUGCGUCAAGACUGGCCCCUUCACGCCAGACAAGUUCCAGCUUCACCACAGUGGCGGCGGCUGCCUCAAGCGCGACUUCAUCCCCUGGAUCAUGAACAGCUUCGCAGCACAGAGCCUCGUCGACUGGGUGCAGAGCCAGCCCGACUACACAUCCUUCGCACGAGCCCUGGAGAACAUCCCUGACUUCAGUGAGCCCAACAUUCACGGCAGCGGUCACUUUGGUGCUGGCGGUGUCCUCGGAACCCUAGGUAACCAGUACGAGAGCCCCGGUGACCCACUCUUCUACCUACACCACGGCAACCUGGACCGCAUUCUCUGGGAGUGGCAGCAGCAGGAUCUUCCCACACGUCUUCACCAGGUCGGUGGUCCUAUUGAACCACUUGACUACAGUGGGAAGAACGUCACUCUUGACUUUACAGUCAACAUUGGCGCUCUUGCUGGAAAUGCUACCCUUGAGCAGCUUCUCAGCACAAAUGGUGAUGUUCUGUGCUAUACCUACGACACCGCUUGA